CUGGCGAUUGGUCAUCAACCCGGCUCACCGACGCCACACCUCGCUCUUUCCCGGGGCGGCUUUGACAUCACCCAAUUCCUCUGCGGUCCGGCCUCGACAACUCUGAGUCUCGCACCAUUCUCGCCAUCCCAGAUCCCCGAAAAUGUUCACGCGAAUAGUUGCUUCGACGCUGCUCCGGGCAUCCGCUCGGCCGGCCGCCUUUCGUGCCCCGGCUCAUGCCCUCCGAGCCUCGCUCUCGCCCUUGGCACCGCUGUCGCCUCUGACGCCCUUCCAGGCUCGUCUCCUUUCGGACCAGACUCGCACGGCCAUUGACAAGGCCGUGUCGUCUGCUCCCGUCGUCCUGUUCAUGAAGGGCACCCCCGAGACGCCUCAGUGCGGAUUUUCGCGCGCCGCCAUCCAGAUCCUCGGCAUCCAGGGCGUCAACCCCGAAAAGUUCGCCGCCUUCAACGUCCUCGAGGACCCCGAACUGCGCGAGGGCAUCAAGGAGUACUCGGACUGGCCCACGAUCCCCCAGCUGUACGUCGACGGCGAGUUCGUCGGCGGCUGCGACAUCCUCGUCUCGAUGCACCAGGGCGGCGACCUGGCUAAGAUGUUCGAGGAGAAGAAGGUACUCUUCGAGGGUGAGACCGAGGCCGAGAAGAAGGACUGAGGGGAAAACGGGAUCGAGUGUAUGAUACGCUGAAAUGUAAUACGGACUUCACGA